UCCUUUCUACUACUUUUCAUUUCUUUUUCGACUACCGCAUGUUAUGCAUACUUUGAAAAUAGAACAUUUUAGAUUUAUAUUGGAACUGGUCUGCCAGCAGCUGAGCGGCAGACAAGAUAUGAUAAACAAACCUUAGGACAGAUUAUUUUGCACAAACCAAAGUGAAUAUUCAUCAUCGAGGCUCGCUAACAUCCCUGCAGUCCUUAUGCUAUACAAGGCAUGGCAGAGAGACCGGACAGUGAGGUGGAGGAGGCUGACCAGAUCUACCUACUGAUGAAGGAGGACUAUCGCAUUUCUAGGAAUGUUCGUCUGGCGUGGUUCCUUGGUAAACUUAACCAAGUCAUCUGGCCGGCCUCAAAGCCCGAACUGCUGAAUUCAGAGAAUGAAUUGGACUUGCUGAGUGUCCUACCUAAAGGAUGGCAGCUGGAUUUCUCCCCCACCAUGUAUCCUUACGUCUUGAUGCCGUCCACGCGGGCCACCUUCCUGGCCCGGAGGUAUCGCUUCAUCAUCGAGCUGGACCUCAGCCCGUCCACAGGGAUUGUGGAUGACAGCACCGGAGAGAUGAUCUUUGAUGAGGUUUUUCAUGCCUUGUCGAGGUGCCUGGCCGGUCUGGCUCAACCUUUCAGAGUCCCUGGAACUGAUCAGCUUUUCAAGCCUAAGAUCUUCAUCACCAUCUUGGUGUAUUCAUCAAUUAUUGGCCUCACGUCUCAUCAGGUUUUGGUACAGGGUUGUCAGCUUGACAGAACAGACCUCAGUGAGUUUCUGCAUCACAUCUAUCAGCAGCUCAGAGCAGUGGAGAGCAACAUCGCAGAGGUCCUGCAGCAGCAACACGAACAGGCAACAACGUCUGUGGAGCCGGUUCAAAGCUCAGAUCUUCAUAAUAACAGCAUGGACAUCCAGCCCUACACCAAGCAGGGCAUUUCCAUGGUGUCAGCUGAUAUAAGUCUGGUCAGCAUGGUACGCCAGGGCAUCCUGGCCCUUCAGUUGCUGCCCCCAAACUCCAGUGCAGGUAUCAUUAUAAUCACAGAUGGAGUGACUAGUGUUCCUGAUGUAGCUGUGUGUGAAACCCUGUUGAACCAGCUCAGGAGUGGAGCCAUUGCCUGCUCCUUUGUGCAGGUUGGAGGCGCAUAUUCAUACGACUGCAGCUUUGGAUACAUCCCCAACAUAGAGCUGAUGAAGUUCAUCUCAUUAGCCACCUUUGGUUCAUACCUGCCCAGCUGUCCUGAAGUGGACCCACACAGCCAGGAGAUGAAUGCCUACCACAAGGCCUUCUUAAUCUACUCCUUCCUCAAGACCUCUGAGUCGAUGAACUCGGAGUACUUCUGUGUUUCCCAGCACAAACUAUUCAAUGAGCACUUGGUGUCAGCCAGUGGUAACCCUGCCCUGGUCAUGAGGAGGAAGAAGCACACAGAAAAGGAAGUCCAUGCUCAUUUAAUCAGUGUGGUGUCUGUGCGGCUGAGAGAGGGCUACACCAUCAGAGAAAUCAACCUUACCAAAGGUGGGACUCAGCUUGAGGUGAAGCUGGUGUUGCUGUGGAAACACAACAUGCAUAUCGAGUACCUGGCAGCCGCCUCCUGGCCACUGGAUCCAACCAAGAGAACCACUAGGGUGGAGGUGACAAUGGAGGGAAGCUAUGAUAUCCUGCAUGACAUCAGCUGCACCCAAAGGAAACCCAUCACCAGCCCGUACCGCACCUCAGUCAUCCGACGCUUCUGGAACACGCUGCAGAGCAUCAACCAGACUGAUCAGAUGCUGGUGCACCUCCAUUCCUUUAAUUCAGUUCCUGAGAACUACAUGAUUCCUGAGAGCACUAAAAAUGGAGUUCCUCUGUUCUACAUCCCUCCUGGCUCCACUACCCCGGUCUUGUCCCUGCAGCAUAGUGGAUCCAAAGACUCCUCCCAGUCCCAGUUUGCUUCCUACUGGAAGCCUAUCCUCUCCAUGGACACUAACUUUUGGCAGAGAUGGCUGCACAUGCAUCGCAUCACUGUCAUCCUUGAACACGACAUGCCUGCCCCCAAACACCUACACACAGCUGGAAAUAAUGGACGUUACAGUACCAUUCAGUGUCGGAUCUCCCACUCUGCCCUCACAUCGCUGCUGAGGGACUGGAGCAGCUUCGUGCUGGUGGAAGGUUACUCGUAUGUUAAACUCAUAUACAGCUCAUCAGACCAGCCUCCGACCUCCUUCUACCUGGUCCGUCUCAUCUCCAAGGUGCCCUGCAUGGUGCUGCGUCUGGGCUUCCCUAUUGGUACACCAGCCCAUGUUAGAAACAAGAUUGUGGAUGAACUGCGAGAGCAGAUCCUCAAACUUCGCUUCCCUCAUCGUGUUCAGAACAAGGAAGCAACCCCCAAAACCAAGAGGAAGGUUGUUGGACAUGCAUCUCCAUCCAAAUCCCCCUCCAUCCCUGCUCCCAAACCUGCCCUGUCAGACAGGCCCUGUGUAGUGGUGCUCAAUAAGCCUCUGGAGAAGCUGCUCAUCAGGUAUGAGAAGCUGCCAUUGGACUUCAGGACUCCCUUCAUUUUCAACAUGGAGAACUUUCUGCAGCCCUCCAACAGUGCCGUGACCAUGGCAGCCAACCGGACAGCCUCCUCUACCCUGGCCUCUCUGUCCCGAUACUUCCUGCACCAGCGCUGGGUGUGGGCCGUGCAGAGCAGCCAAGGGGCAGCUGUAGCCAUGCAGGCUGUUGCUCACAUCCUGUCCAUGCUUUCUGACAUACGCUUAUCAGAAGGCUUUCACUUUGCUGCCAGCGGAGAGGGCAUUGUAAACAUGGUGAUCGAGCUACCAGUGAAGGGCAUGUCGGGAGACGUGGACAGAGAGAGUCACUCUUGUAUCGUCCAGUACAUCCUCUUUCCACCUCACGCUACCUCUACUAAGGACAGCUUCUCCACUGAUGAUGACAAUGACACCGAGGUGGAGGCUGUAGAAGUGGACACAGAGCUGAACCUUGUGACAGAGUGCUGGGUAGAACCGCAGAGUGGCACAGUGAUGAACUGCAUGGACCAGCAUCGCCACUUUCAGGGUCUCAAGUACCAAGACAUCCCUCAAGCAAUCUUCCCAAGGGAUCUGGCCUGUAUGUCCACCAUGAUGACCUUUGAGUAUUUGAGCCAACUCUGUCAGAAUAAGGACCAGGUCUGCUCACUGCCAGCUCCUCCUAAGGAUGAAUCUGUCGUCAUCACUGCACUGAUACACAGUGUUGUACAUUGUAAUCGCAGGUAUGAGAAGCUGCCAUUGGACUUCAGGACUCCCUUCAUUUUCAACAUGGAGAACUUUCUGCAGCCCUCCAACAGUGCCGUGACCAUGGCAGCCAACCGGACAGCCUCCUCUACCCUGGCCUCUCUGUCCCGAUACUUCCUGCACCAGCGCUGGGUGUGGGCCGUGCAGAGCAGCCAAGGGGCAGCUGUAGCCAUGCAGGCUGUUGCUCACAUCCUGUCCAUGCUUUCUGACAUACGCUUAUCAGAAGGCUUUCACUUUGCUGCCAGCGGAGAGGGCAUUGUAAACAUGGUGAUCGAGCUACCAGUGAAGGGCAUGUCGGGAGACGUGGACAGAGAGAGUCACUCUUGUAUCGUCCAGUACAUCCUCUUUCCACCUCACGCUACCUCUACUAAGGACAGCUUCUCCACUGAUGAUGACAAUGACACCGAGGUGGAGGCUGUAGAAGUGGACACAGAGCUGAACCUUGUGACAGAGUGCUGGGUAGAACCGCAGAGUGGCACAGUGAUGAACUGCAUGGACCAGCAUCGCCACUUUCAGGGUCUCAAGUACCAAGACAUCCCUCAAGCAAUCUUCCCAAGGGAUCUGGCCUGUAUGUCCACCAUGAUGACCUUUGAGUAUUUGAGCCAACUCUGUCAGAAUAAGGACCAGGUCUGCUCACUGCCAGCUCCUCCUAAGGAUGUGAGAGGAGAAGCUCUGGCCUCUGAGGGCAACAUUCACAUGAUUCCUUUCCAGUUUGACCUCAUUCAGCUGCUGCCCAAAUGCCAGCAGGUUGAACUCUUCUUCCUCACAUUAAGUACAGUGGUGGAGAAUGAGGAGCAGAUUGACAGCUCCUCCUGUCUGCCCAACGAGCUCCUGCUCAGCCUCUUCCACAGCAGCCUGGAGCACGAGCUCAGUGACAGAGAGAUCCCUUUAGCUGACAGCGACCACGUGGCCUUCAUGCAGCACAUACUGGAGCGCGAACGAGAUGGCCAUGUUGCUCCUUUCUCCUUACCUGUUAUUAAAGAAGAGUGUGUGAAGCCUCCAGAACGACAAGACACUAUGACAUCAUUUCACACCACUGGCAGCAGCAAAGAGGUGACGGGAUCCACCAGCACUUUACAGAGUUUCAGUAACGCAGACCUUGUGGAUGAAGAGCCUGUACUGGGGGACAGGCACUGCUCUAUGCCACAGUGGAGGUGCUACGCCAGAUUCAUUAGCCUCCAUCAGAUCCUCCUCACCUUAGUCCCUGCAUCUUUUACGGAUGUUCUGAUAUUGAUGGCAUCAGGGCUGGAGACAGAGCCUCAGAGUAACAUCAGCAUGCAGGAGGAAGAUACUAUGACUCCCAGCAACAAAUCUCAGGCUGACUCCCUGUCUGGCUCCACCAGCGGGCUUGAGAGGUCGGAGUCCAGCUUCAGUUUGGCCAGUAGGCUGCAAAGGAGCUCCAAUGGUGGACAGGUCCCCACCAGGUCCUCCGUGCUCUUAUCUCAGUCUGAGGGCCAGACUGGGCCUACUGACUCACUGAUCCUGGACCAGGACUGCUGGGACAGCAGGGUGUCGGAGACAGAGACCGGGACCCCAGGCUCAGAUGUUGAAGAAAAAGAGGGAGUCCAGUUCUCUGAACCACAAAAAGGAGAUUUCCACAUCAGCUUCAGCAGGCAGUUUUCCCAGCAGAGCACCAGUGAGAGCAGCCAACUUAAGUGUCCAGUCUAUGUGUACAACUGCUCUCUGGAGCAGCUGAAGGAGCAACUGGUACACCCCAGCUCCACCCACCUGCCCAAGGACAUCUUCUUCAGGUCACUGUCUCAGGACCGCAGCACUCCAUCUCCGUGGACCGACCUCCUGACUCAACCUCACAAACACAAGGAGUUGGCCAACUACUGCAGCCUGCUGCAAGAGCAUUACCACCAGAGCUACGUCAAAGGUGUGUAUCGCAGCCUGCAGCAGUCCUACAGCAUCAGCUCCCAAGAUGUCCUGAUGGCCAUGGACUAUUGUGAAGAGUCUCUGCAGGAGAUUGAUAUCACCUCCUUCCUGCAGACCCUCUGUGGACAUAUCAGGGUCUUCAGGGAGCAUGGCGAGGCUACAGGAUGGGGGGAGAAUUCCAAACCUUCGAGGAGCCCUGCCACCUUUGUUAUUGGUGAGGUUGAGAAGGAGCGCCCAGACAACAGGGCAGCCAUCACCUCCUCAUCCAGCAUUGAAAUGGAGGAUUCCAACGAAGCUGAAUCUAGAGGGACGUCAUGUGCUCCUACAUCUCCACCGAUUCUGCAUGAGUCCAAGACGGCCAAGAUCCCAGAGUUCCCUCUGUCACAGCUCCAGAUGCAGCCCAAGUGUGAAGUUUACCCAGAUUUGCACAAAAUAAUACAGGAGAAAUUCAUGGAGAUUGUGUCUCAGUAUUUCAAAACUGUGCCCUCCAAUCCACACUACUACUUCUACUGCCCACCUUCAUCUAAGAAAGAGGAGGACUUGAGCAACGGGGAGGUACAGAGGAGACCCAGCGAGGACCUGGUGUCGGACGCUGAGCCAGCUGUGGAGGACGAAAAUGUGUCGGGCUGCUGUAUCAUGACGGAGAGUGACACAGAUUUGGUGGUUGAGUAUGAGGAGCAUCCAGCCACCAGCUCUCUCGGAGAAAGUGACGACCAGUCCCUGUCAGAUUCGAACACUGUCAACCAGGACCAGGACUCCUUCAGCAUCCUGGAGGGAGACUCCCUGCUGGAGCCCGAGGAUCCACAGCCCGACAUGCCACCAUUGUUUGUUCAUGUCACAUGUUCUGUCAAUAUGAAAAGCUGCCAUGGCUCCAUGCCUAUACAGACACUGCCUACCUGCCUGGGUAAGAUUAUUUCCUGCCUGGAGGAUGCUGAGGCCUUACAAUCUGUGGAUUUAAAUGAGCUCUCAGUCACGUUAGAUAUUUUUGUCCUGACACUUCCUCUGGAGAUUGAAGUCUUGGCUGAUUUCCAGCAUAACAGGUACACCUCAGAGAGCAGUGUGUCUUUGAACCGUUCACCGGGACAACCCUCUUCCUAUCGCUCUGAUGAGGAGAUGAUGGCAGCACUGGACAGUCUGAGGGGAGCUGGUGUUAAUGGGGUCUCUGGCGAUCCCUUAUCCAAGCUCCCACUUCCUCAGAACCUAGCAAUUCUGGCCACAAUAGAUAAGAUCCGCUGGCUGCUGGAGGAUGAGAUUGUUUCUGCUCUGCGUCACUCUCGGGUCAUCAGCUCAGCCACACUGCAGAAAGUAGCAGAGCAUGUUUUGCGCUCCAGUGAUCACCCACACUGUCUCUGUGAAGAUGUCCCACUCCAGUUUGUCUUUGGGGCUGAGCAGUCGCUGGACAAUUUCAAAGAGGAGUUCUGCAGGAUGUCCUUCUCUGGCUAUGUGCUGAAUGGAAAGCAGGACAGCUUCUACUACCUGUCCCUGAGCAGACUGCACCCACAGAGGAUCCAAGCUACCAAGAGCCUCUCUGAGAGCACCGCAGGCCCCCCACUGCAUAGCGCCCCCUACAGCGCUGUAGCCCAGGCAGAGGACAUGAUGCUGGAGAGUGAAGCAGAGGCACAGGUUGCAGAGGCUGACAGUGAGAGUGAAGACAAGAAAUCCAUCAGUCCUAGUGACAUAGAUGCCAAUGAGCCCAUCAGAGCCUCGAAGCCUGAGGCUAACGACACUGUCUCUCAAAGUUCAGUUAGCGUAGUGGGGGACAGAGGUCAGUCCAGUACCCUCCAGCUUCAAACUGAUCGCUGCAUAGAGCCCACCUCACCCCCCAAGACGCCGUCCAGUGUCAGCCUGGCUGAGUCCAUGCAGUCAGCCUUUCACAGCUGUGGGAAACUCAGGCCCAGCCGAGUCCAGAGUGUUGUCUCCAGUCAGGGCAGCCUGGACUCGGACAUGCAGGGUUACGAUGGCGGCAGCAGCAGUGGCUCUGAGUGUGAGAGCCCCAUCUUGGAUGAGCAGGAGUGUCAGUCACCACUGAUGCCAGACUUCUGGCUGAUCGUUCAGAUCCACCAGGACCGAGUGAAGGUCUACUCCCAUUCCAGGUGCUUCACAGAGGGAAAAGGGGUCAGUGCUGAGGAGUUGGAGAGGAAGGAGGAAGAGCAGGAGCUGCCUGAAUACUUAAAACUGCAUCGAAUGGUGGUCAAGAAGAUUGGUGAAAUCUGCAGAAUUGUCAAUCAGCGUAUGCUGCUGCAGGAUCUGCAUGACAGCCACGUGUGUAACUCUCUGCUGGUCGCCGAGAGUGAGGAAGACAUCUGGAAGAAUGAGUCUCUCUACAGGCAGAGGCUCCACACCUCAGACGAUUACAACACAGAGGAGAGCUACCAGGCCAGAGACUACCUGGCAGCCACCAUGCAGUUCAUGCCUGGACAUUUUGCCUGCGAUGUGGUGUGGAGCACCGUCAUUCACAUCCACCCACGCCUCAAGAUGGGACCCAACAUGGGGGUGGCCAGGGCCAUCCAGGCCCUGCGCUCCGUCCUGAACUCUUUUUGUGUGGGCAACAGGAAGAACAUGUUUGUCUACCAGGAGCGUACAACAAAGUCAGUCUUCUACCUCAGACUCUGUGAAACGACUCUGACAGGGAAUUAUUCUGACAUGGAUAGAAACCCUCACAUGACCCACUCCAUUGGGCUGAUCAGGAGUCAAGAGCCCUUGUUGUCCGAGGUCCUUAUGGGUUCCAGGUCUUCUGUGGAGGGCUCUCGUCCUGUUGGACAAGUAGACAAACACAUCCUGCUGCUGGUGCAUGGAGUGGGAAGUGCAGGUCCAGAGAUCACAGACGAGCUGGUGAAGGUGCUGCGGAAACGCCUGGAUGAGACCACACUGGACAUCAUCACUGUCAUGCUUGUCAGGAACUGCAAGCUGACACCAGCAGAUGUGGAGUUCAUCCAGCCAUCAGGAUCACCAGCCACUGAAGUGAUGAGCUUCAGUCUCCCCCAGUACUGUCUUUCCUGGCUGCCUGCUGUGGCUCACUACCUCAGGCAGAACCUCCUCAUCUUUCUGCAUGUACCCAAGUACACGGACAGCAACACAGCGCACCACUUCAAGCAUUACUUUCAUUUGAGCAGCAACUUGACUGAUGGUGAUAUCUACCUCUACAAUAAACCUGGAGGCCAGGGAACAGGAGGCAAAGGUACCAUGUUGGAGCUGGUUCAGCAACUCUUCCCACCUUCUCAGUUUAAAGGGAUUGCCUGCAUUGCCCUCUCCUUCGUGGAUGCCCAUGGUCACCCCCUUCAAGAUCCACUCCAGGACUGUGCAGCACUGCAGAGAUCAGAGAACUGCACCACCCCCCUUUCCCCAGGCCAUUUUGAUGAGCUGACCACUGUGGUUAAAGUGGACUACAUCACUGACAGUUCAGAUCCACAGUUGUGUGUGCGCUUUGACAUCUGGGAGCAAGGCAACAUCAGCCCCUUACAGCUCAGUGAUAAACUGCAGGGCGCAUUGCGCCACGUGCUCUGUGACGUCGUCAUGGAGCUGAGAGUCUUGCCAAAUCCUCUUUGUGUGGGAAUAUCAUGUCCAGCAACCAAAGCACAGAAAGAAGAGGCCAAAGGGCUGAUUCCCUUGCCUGAGAUGAAAGUGAAGGACAGCCAGAGGCAGCGCAGUGGCUCACGGGCCUUUAAAACCAGCCCUUCUCCCAUCACCUUAACCCAAGCCACGGGGAACUCCCCCAUGACAGGGACCACCACGCCCGAGUCCACCACACCCACUGGCAAGAGCACCCGCCGGAGCUUCUGGGACAUACUGAGUAAACCAGACUCAUCAGAGCUUGGAACUCCAAAGACAACUGAUGACAUAGUGCAAGAAAAAGCGGAAGAGGGCCGAUCAGCACGACGGAGACACAAGACAGAGACUGUAAAGCAACAGUGGAGCCAGGAGAAGGCUAUGGCUGUGGAGCUGGAGCAGGCACAGAGGCGGCAGGUGUCUCAGCUGGAGGAGGGAGAUGCGGGCACUUUACACUCUAUCUACCAGGUUACCUGCCAGCCGUGGAUCACUUUCAUGGCUAAACUUGGCUGCCCCUCCAUUCAGCAGUGCACGGCUGAAAUUGCUGCACACUUCUUACUGCCUUCCAUCUUGGCAGAGGUUGUCAAUUUGGUCAAUUCUUUGGCCAGCGACACAGCAGUGAAGGCAUUUGAGAAAACAAGCUGCCCCGCUUCCGGAGACAUAUUUGUACCAUUCCCUCUUGUCCAGAAUCUGAGCCAGCCUCCAGGCGCUACAAGGAGCUUCAUUCUCAUUGGCCGUAACUUCUGUCAGUGGCACUGCAGCACAGAGCAAGAGAACAGUUCAGAUGAGGAAAACACCCCAGUGCUAAAUAGGUUCACACCUCAUAAGGGCUUCCAGCGCUUUGAGGCUCUGGAGCAGAGUGAUUGGUUCAGUCCUAGCCAGGCCAGGGCAGGACUGGCUCCUCGGCAGAGGUUCCUUUUCAUCAGCAUCAUGGAUAAAAAGGUAACUCUCUACAGUUACAACUGGUCUGUGGACCUGGGCACCUCUCUGAAUCGUGAACUGGUCCGCCUUGUUAAGUGGCUGAAUGCAAGGGCUCAUGUUGUCCACUGCCUCCUCAACCAGAAGAUGGGCCUCUUCCAUCAUUACUGCUUCUCUGACACACCUAUUCAUGAAAUGAACUCCAAGCAGGAUCCAAACCCAUUCCUCAGCCCCUCCAUGGAGCCUGAUGCAUUGCUGCGUAGUCCAGUUCCUCCUGUGCCCAGUAAAGAGCAAGGCAGACUAAGCAGCUCUGGCAGAAGUCUUGCUCCACUCCACUUCCCCUCUGAGCUGCUUCCAUUUGAUGAGGCUCUGAGGGAUGUCUGCACCAUCCAGCCCUUGAUGGAAGGGGAUGUGGUGGCUCGACAUGGAGGCCAACUCCUGGAAAUCAAAGCUGCUGAGAGGAGAGAAUUGGAGAAACAGAUGAAGAUAGAGAACCUGUUCGUCACUUGGCAGCAGAGAUCAGCACAGUCCAACAUGCCCAUUUCAGGGACCGAUUUGGAGAUUCUGAAGCAGUCGUCCAGACUGGUUCACUACUGUGCCACCCCUCUUCUCUUUGACCCCUCCUUCCGCAAGCAGAUCAAAGAGGAGCAGAUUGUUCAGCCUUCUGAAAAGAAAAGGCAUCGCUCCAGUGACUCCACAGCAUCAGGUCGAAACAGAAGCUACAGCACUGACUCGGGUGACAUGCUGCCCAGCCGACUGAAGGAGGAACCCUGGCUGCUUGAAAUUUCUAACACCUUCCUUCAGCAGUAUGUUCAGUACCUGCAGAGCAUGGGUUUCAUUCUGGUCCAGGUCCGGCCUCAGUCUCCAGCUCGCAGCAUUGCCCGGGCUCGUGCUGCCGUGCUGAGCUCUAUAUCAUCAGAAGGGAGGAUGUCUUUUUCUUAUGUAAAGCAGAAGAGCGAGGACAGUCCUAAGAUUGCAGCAUCUGGCACCACUGCAUAUCACCUCCAGAGGGCGCUGCCAGGGGGGAUUGUGCUGAUGGAACUGGCUUUUCAGGGGUGUUACUUCUGUGUGAAGCAGUAUGCACUAGAGUGUUCCCGCAUUCCCAUGGGACAGUCAGUCAACUCCCAGCUCUCCAUGCUCUUCACUGAGGAGUGUGACAAGGUGCGAGACCUGAUGCACGUUCACUCCUUCAGCUAUGACUUCCACCUGCGAGUGGUUCACCAGUACUUGGUCGGCUGCCAGCUGACACUGCGCCUAGGCUACCAGCUCACCAACUUCCUGGACGACUUCAUCUCCCAUCACCCAGAUAUUCCUAAGUUUGGCCGCAACCAUGUCUUUCAAGGGAGUUUUUCCAUCCCCACGGGGAUGAUAACGGCUCACCAGCUCUACAACUACAUCACUGACCAUGCCAGCACAUAUGGCAUGAAGCCGCUCCGGAUGUCCAAGACUGCGGCCACCGCUGACAACAAGAAAGGGACACCUGACCUGCAUGAAUACGCACUUGUGGCUCUGUGGAACAGCUCAGGCUCUUACAAGGAUCUGGAGGGCCUGCACCACCAUGAUGAUUUUGACGUGUCCCUGGUGGUGUGCCAUAAUGCCGCUCCAUUUGAGGAGCAGUCAGACGGGGAGAGGCAUUUGCUGAGGUUGCGGUUCUAUGUGAUCAUGACCAGCCAGAGAGAGCUCUUCCCCCGCCUUACUGCUGACAUGCGUCGUUUCAAGAAGCUUCCUCAGAUCCAUCGUGAUCCUGGUGAGCUGGGCGGUCGGCUCCCCCCGGAUCGAGCAGAGGCCUGUGAGUCACGGGAACCCGAGCAGGUCAUCUGGGAGGAAAUGUCAUCUGAUGCUACAUCAGCCCCCAGUGAUGGCAAUGAGUUUUACCCUCUGGUGGGGGGUGCACUGGAGACCCAGGGACUGCUCUACCCCUCCCCUCUGUUCCCUCUGCUCAACAACGAGGUGGCGUCAGCCCGCAAACAGAUCCAGGCCAGCGUGGAGCAGGCCAUGGGUCACUGCCGCAGGGAUAACCUGUGGAGGAGGCUGUUCCACGGAGAGCACCUGACCCUGGACAAACUGAAGCUUACCAAGCUGUCAUUCAGCGAGCUGGAGGAGCUGCUGGAAGCUGUGCACAGCCGCUCGGUGGGGGAGAUAGACCCACAGCUGGACUGUUUUCUGACCAUGAGUCCAGCCUGGUACCAGAGCCUGAUCAAGGUCCUGCUGAACCGCUUCCCUCAGAGCUGCAGGCAUUUCGACGACAACGGCAUUCAGUACCUGGCCGUUCUGAACCAGAAGUUCACCGACUGUUUUGUUUUAGUAUUUCUAGAUACCCAAGCUGGAAAAACAAGUCUAAAGGUUGUGUUUCGGGAGCCACUGCCAUCACAGCCACAGGCCAACAGCAGUCCUCCUCCCCAGCUGGUGUCCAUGUAUCAUCACUUGGAGUCCGUCAUCAAUACCGCCUGCUACAACCUCUGGACAGGGCUGUUAUAGAGCUGCCCUCAACGCAUGGAAACGGGAAGCAACAGUCUUAUUGCCAGUAAUCUGCCCCAGCAGCUACUCCACUCACUCAGUUCUACCUUGCUAGCACAGAGCCACAUUAAGAAAUGUGUUUGUGUUUUCUUUUCUGUAACUGAGAAACAUCCUAAUGUAAUGUAAUGUAAUGUUCAUCAGCAGUGUGGAUUUCACCAGUCUGGACAGUCUAAAUGAAAUGCAUGGCCAGUCAUUCAUAAGCAGCCAACAGCACUUCUGGCUGUGGAACCGCAUAGGUUUCAUAUCCCACAGGUCUGGGUUUGUUGAAUUGUGUGCCUUCUGAUUGCAUUCUACUAGCGCCUCAUACCACAUCAGUGUUUUCUGUGUGAGAGACAGGUGCAAUGUCAGUGUGCUGAGUGGGAAGGCUUUUAAAUUUGAUUUCCACCAGUGUCAAGCCUGCUCCCCACUUAAACCCCACUGCCAUAUCUUGUGGCCUGAAGUGCCUUUCUCUCUCUCUUUAAUGAAGUGAUGAUGCUGUCAUUCCAUCAGUUCUGCACAGAAGGUGUUUGGAAGAGCACACUCCUGAUGUUAUGCACUGAAAGUGCCGAAGUCAGUUUGGAGAAAUGUGACAAAAAUUGCCUCUCAUAAGCAAGAAAAUGGGUCACAUUAACUUUGAUGAUUUGCAUAAUAGCAUGACACAUGUCGUCAGCGCCGAGUGUUUCCAAAGCAUGUUCAGGGUGAUGAAUUUGAUUUGUGUAUUCUGAAAGUGUAGCUGGUAACCUCCAUUUACAAGAGGGCAUGGAGCGCCAGCCUGAUAAGACUGUUACACCACAACAAACAUGAAAGCCUGAUAUCCAUUACCAUCAUCACUGAUGUAUUCAGCAGCCUUAUAUUUCGGUACAUUUCCACUGGAAGGAAACCAAAACCAUGUUUGAGCUUGUUUGUCAUGCCUGGCAGCAUUCUCAGAGAAUUCAAUCCGAAUAUUAAACACUGGAUAUUCAUCAUGCACAAUGUGAACUGUACCAUGUUAGCGCUUAGCAUUUUGACACUGUAAUGUAAACUGCACUGUCUCAAGCUGUAUAUUAUGUACAUACAGAGCACUUUAUACAGUAUGUGAAAUGCUAAAUAAACUAGUGGGACUAAU